UCUCCCUGCUCGGCGUGGGAACAACCUGAGGAAGAUCUUGGAGCCACCUGUACUGCUUCAUGCAGUUAAAUGUUCUGAGGUCAUGAAACUAAAUCCACAGCAAGCUCCAUUGUAUGGUGACUCUGUUAUUACAGUGCAGCUGACUGAGGAAGAUAAAGUUGAAGAUGAUGUAGUUUUUUAUUUGGUCUUCACUGGAUCAACUGUCCAACACUGCACAAGCACGAGAAAGAUUAAUCCUGGGAGUCUGGAGACAAUUUCUCCUGGCCAUGACUGCUGUGAGACAGUGAAGGUGGCACUUUGUGCCUCUAGAGAAGGUCACCCCGUUCUGGUUGUGGCAGAGGAGAGUUUCCAGUUUGUCCAGGAUGAAGCCUACGAUGCCGCCCAGUUUCUGGCCACCUGUGCUGGCAACCAGCAGGCGCUGAAUUUCACACGGUUCUUGGACAGGUCACGGCCACCAGCUGCAGACGUGGACUUUCUGGAUGAGAAAGUGGCCUUGGCAUUUCGACACCUGAAGCUGCCGGCAGAAUGGAACGUGCUGGGAGCAGACCAGUCCCUGAGCGAGAACAUCCCUCGGGAGACACUGAUGCAUUUUGCGGUCAGGCUGGGUCUGCUGCGCCUGACGUGGUUUCUGCUCCAGCAGCCGGGUGGAAGAGGAGCUCUCAGCAUCCACAACAACGAGGGGGCAACGCCUGUCAGCUUGGCCUUGGAGAGGGGUUACCAGAAGCUGCACCAGCUCUUGACAGAGGAGGGAGCCAGGGAGCCGGACUCGUGGAGCACCCUGUCUCACACUGUGCACUCGGGGGACUACAGCGUGAAGCACCACCGUGGGCUGGACGUGUACCUGCUGACAGCUGAGGCCACGGAGGGGACAGCAGCCAGCUGGGAGAGGGACAUCCAGCACCUGCAGAUGCACAUGCAGAGCCACCAGCACCAGAGUUUAAGGCAGCAGACAGAGCCUGUACUGGGAGAUUCUGGAGACAGAUGUACUAAAGGAGCAGAGGGUCCUGUGACCACCACCUCUCAGAGCCUAGAAGAAAUGGCAAAAGAAGAAAGGCAGGAAAACCCAUCUGAUCUGGUUCACCUGGACAUCAGGCAGCUCUCAGACCAAACCCAGCAGGAGGAGAAAUGCAACAACAGCGAUCUGGGGGCUUUUAAUGAUGCACCAAAAGACAUGGUUAGCCCGGGGGGUGCAAACAGCCCAGCCAGCUUCUGUGAAAGCAAAAACACAGAGAUAUUGUGUAAAAAGGAAGAAGAGGCGGGGCUAAGAUCUGCAGAGGGCUCUGGGACCGUAUCAGAUGAGGACUGCACUGAGAGCCCGUGUGCAAGUGUAAAUGGUGCUGUAAAUCUUCCAUGCUCUGGAAAUACAAAUGAGGAAGCUGGAAUGACAUCGGCUGGAGUUGCUCUGGAUCAGGCUGGCGUGAGCAGCACAGACAGUGCCCAUCAGGAAGUGCAAACUGCUGAGGAGCUUGCUGUCAGUGCUGCUGCUGUGGCUGCAGCUGCAGGUGAAGCCCCAGCUGCCUCGGAGGGCCUGGAUGUGGCCAUGGGCCAGACUGAGUGCAGGAACUGCGCCGGGGCACCUGAGAGGGCUAAGGGCCAGCGGCGGGCAGAGGAUGGGCUGGCAGAGCCUGCUGAGAGGACUGCAAGGCUGGAAGAGAAAUACCCAGCUAAGGAAGAGUCAUCCAGCCCUGCUCAGCCCUUGCUCAGUGGUUUCAACGGCGCUGAGUGUUCGAAUGGGGAGGAUGCAGAUGUGGGAGUGGUACCAGCCUGUGACGGUGCAAAUGCAGGUGGUGACAUUGGCAGUGGCUCUGUUGACCUUUGCAAGACCAGCAGUAACAAAGAGACUGAUGUGGACUCGUGCACUGCUGAGGUAAAUGGUGACUUCACGGAAGGCCAGGGUGAUGGCAGUGUCACAGCGAGGCAGGAGGUCACUGCAAGCCCUGCAGAAGCACUGCCAGCAGUGAAUGGGGUGCAGGUUCCUGCAUGCACAUCUGGCUUGGAAGUCCAUGGCAGCAGUGAGAGUGGGGAGCAAGAAGGGCUGGUGGAAGCAGGCUGCACAGAUGGAAAAUCCAGCCUGCCCUCACUGGAAGACGGUGUGGAAACUGAUGGCCCUGAUGCUGAACCUGCAAACGGAGAUGUUGGUGGAUCUAAUGAAAGUGGUGCAGAAGCCACACAUUGCCAGGAGAGUGGUGAGAUCGCUGACCAUGGGGCUGCAGCCAUGGAGAGCAAUGAAAAGGAGGCAGUAGGAACUGAUACCAGCAGCUGCAGAGAUGGAGGAAGCAGAGAUUCUGCAGGCGGUGCUCAGGAAGUUGCUGCCUGUGCCCCUUGUGCUGCUCAAGCUGGCGUUAAAGGUGAAAUGGGCGACAGCUUCAAACCAGACAGCGCUCAGCAGGGUGAACGUGAGGAACGUGAGCCUGCAUCGCUCCCUCCAGAGGAUGUGAGCGCAGGCCUGGCAGAGAAAGAGCCUGCCCAGGCUGGAGUAGAGAAAGCAGAAAACACUUCAGAGCAGGAGGGGAGGAGCAAGGUGGAAUCUCCCCUACCCAGAGAGGGGCCAUCUGUGAGUCAGGAGGGAGAUGCUGCAGUGGCACCUCCCGGGCAGGAGGCAGCUCUGCAAGGUAAUGACCCUGGAUCGGCUCCAUGUGCCAAGGGCUCAGACUGUGCCGAGGAUAAUUUAAUGGGCACACCCUCGGCAACUCAUAAUGAGGAAUCUAAACAAAACCAGGAAGCGGUGGCGGCUAGGGCAGGCUCAGCAGAGCUCGCCUGGCAGCGCGGUGGGGAGCAUGGCGGGGUAGCUGCCACCUGGCCUGGGGACCAUGCUGGGGACGAGGGCUCCCUGGGGCAGGGCCACUCACAGCAAGCUGAAGGAGGCAAAGCUGAGCCUGAGCAGGAGGCUCAUGAGCAGGUUUUGUCAGAGGAACUUCUUGCUGCUGUUGAGAAACCCUCCUCCUGCAGUUUGGAGGGGCCUGUGGUGGGCAGCAGCAGUGUGGAUGCUGGGCUGAAAGCAACACAACAACCCAAAGAAGAUUGCAAGGCUGCAGUUGCAGCAGAAGGCACCAUGCAUGGACCUGCAUCAGCAGAUGAGUCACUGGGGGCAGAGGGUGACCCUUGUGCGAAUGCUGGGCUCAACCAAGAGCAAGACCCUGCUCAAACCCUACAACAAAUCUGCCCCCACAGCAGCACCCCCGAGUUAAAGGACGCCUCAGAGGCGGGAGCCCUGAGUGACACCUGUGAGGGUAAGGAGAUGCCAAGGACAGUGACAAUAGCCCCUGUUGCAGCGUUUGCAGAGCAGCAGGAGGACACGGAGAGCGUGCUGCCCCGCGCAGCGCUCCAGCCCAUCGCAGAGGAGCCCACGUGUGACAGUGACUCCAGCACCGACACGGUCUGCCCGGCUGGGGACAGUGACACUGCCCUGGCAGCGGCUCAGGGGGAGGACUUGGCUGAGCCCCAUGGAAAGCAAAGCCAGGCUGUACCUGCAGCGCCCUUCUCGCCGUGCUCCUGCCACCUGCAGCCUGUGGAGCCACUGGAAAAUGUGGGAGUGAAGAGUUUGGUAUCGGCUAACGGUGCGUCGUCUCUGGAUAAAGUUCCUAAAAUGGUGAAAAGUUUUGAUGCAGUGGUUUUUGCAGCAGACACAACUUGUUCCCCCGAAGUACCUGCUGCAGAAAAAGCGGGGCUUGAGCCCCAGACUGCAAUGGAUGCCAGAGCCAGCCUUAAUGGACAAAUGGAUUGCAGUUCCUCAAUAAAGAAGAAGAAUGUCAGCCUGGCAGUGCAAGGAGCUGAGCCUGUUACAGGGAUGUUGGAAAUGAAAACUGAGGACGAGGUGGAUUUUCAGAAGCACGGCACAGAGGAAGUGAUAAACCGUGGGAGCUGGUGUCCGCUGGAGCCAUGUCCUGACCCCUCCCUGCUGGAGCGCAAGCGCACACGGGAGUCUCCAGAAUGUGAGAACUUCUUGGAGGAUGGGCUGAGCAGCGUCUGUGCCUCGUCACAGGGUGCUCUUAAAAGAGAGUCUGGGAGUGAGUCUGACCUCUUCCCCUUGCCUGGUGAUGGGAUGGAAGACCUUGUCUUUGGGAAGCAGCCUGAAGAGGAGCAGUCUGCCUGCGAUGUCACCAGCUCCAGCUCCUCUGCAGACGACACCGUGUCCCUGGAGAGGAACUCAUCCCUGGGCAGCGACACGUCCCUCCCCUUCCCACCCGUGGGGAGCUUCGCCCAGCCCAAGGACAGGCACAGCCUGGAUGGCAGCUGCACCAACAUGGUGUGCUCAGAGGGAGGAGAGAAGGAAGAGGAGCUGGACAGCAUCACGGACGUGCCCACGCCCUCGUCCGUCCUGCGCGGCUCCAUGCGGCCGCUGUCCCCUUUCCGCCGGCACAGCUGGGGGCCCGGCAAGAAUGCCACCAACGAGGCAGAAAUCAAUCAGAGGAGUUACAGCCUAGAAGGCCUUACUGGGGACUCUGGUGAGAACAAGAAGCCCUCUGCAAACCUGGAGGCUUCUUCCCUGAGCUCCAAAGACCUCAGGAGGAGUCCCCUUGCCAGCAAUCAGUCCCUGGUGCUGCUCUCUGAGGAGCUCGAGCAAGGAGAAAUCAGAGACUACAACCACCAGGUGCAUCAGACAUCACAGCCACAAGGAUUUAACUUCUGCACUUCUGUUGCUUCAUCUCCGCUGACCAAAUCCAUGUCUCUAAUGUCAAUUAGCAAACCAGUGCUCGACAGUACGCAGUCGUUGGGCGGCUCCAUGGGCUCCUCUGUGCAGAGCAUAUCUGAAGAGAGCAGCAGUGUCUCUGCUGGUAAAGGUGUAACAAAAGUCAGCCGCACCUUCAGCUACCUCAGGAAUAAAAUGUCCAGCAGCAAGAAGAGCAAAGAAAAAGAGAAAGAUAAAGAGAAGACUAAAGAGAAGGACAAAGAUUCCAAGGAGAAGGAAAAAGAUAAGAAGCUGUUGAAUGGACAUCUCUUCACUGCAACCUCCGUUGUAGCCCAAGCAACCUGUUACCACUGUAUGAAGCCUUUCAAUAAGGAUUCGUACUACUGUGCAAACUGUAAUGCAAUUGUUCACAAAGGCUGUAAGGAGAAUUUUGCUUCUUGUGCAAAGGUCAAAAUGAAGCCACAGAGAGGGAUGCUGCAGGCACAUGAUACCUCUUCAUUACCCACAGUAACCAUGAGAAACAAAAGCUCUCAGCCCAAGGAGCGCCCGCGCUCCGCGAUCCUCGCGCCCGACGAGAGCUCCGUCACCUCCAGCUUCAGCAACAGGAGAUCACAGCAGCCCUCUGCGCUCUCCAAAAGUGUCUCCAUACAGAACAUUGCAGGAGUUGGGAACGAUGACAGCUUAAUACACACUUGGAAAUUCCUGUCGCAGUCAACAGACUCUUUACAUAAAAUCAGCCGGGUUAAUGAAUCCAUGGAGUCACUGGUUGAUGAAGGUGCAGACAUGAAUGAAGGACAGCUCAUGGGAGACCUGGAAUUAGAUUCCAAGCAGUUGGAGGCAGAGUCCUGGAGCCAAGCAGUGGACAGCAAGUUCCUACAGCAGCAACACAAGGAUGUUGUGAAACGGCAAGAUGUGAUUUAUGAGCUAAUGCAGACAGAAAUGCACCACGUCCGCACCCUGAAGAUCAUGAACGAUGUGUACAGUGCAGCUAUGGUGAAGGAACUGCAGUUUGAACAGCAAGCAGUGGACAAGCUCUUUCCCUGCCUGGAAAACUUGCUGCACAUCCACAGUCAGUUUUUCCAGCGGAUUCUGGAAAGGAAGAAGGAGUCACUGGCAGACAAAAGUGAAAAGAACUUUGUUAUCAGGAGGAUAGGUGACAUCCUAGUGAAUCAAUUCUCUGGGGAGAACGCUGAGCGGAUGAAGAAAACGUACGGCAAAUUCUGCGGGCACCACAACGAGGCUGUCAAUUACUUCAAAGAUCUUUACAAGGAAAAGCGCUUUCAGGCGUUUGUCAAGAAAAAAAUGAGCAGCUCCCUGGUGAGGCGCCUUGGGAUUCCUGAAUGUAUCUUGUUGGUAACACAGAGAAUCACAAAGUACCCAGUCCUUUUGCAAAGGAUACUGCAGUACACCAAAGAAAAUGAAGUGGAACAUGAAGACUUGACUCAGUCGUUAAAUCUUGUUAAAGAUGUGAUUGCUGCAGUCAACAGCAAAGUCAGCAAGUAUGAAAAGAAAAUGCGCCUUGGGGAGAUUUACAACCGGACGGACAGCAAGUCCAUCAUGAGGAUGAAGAGUGGCCAGAUGUUUGCAAGAGAGGACUUGACGCAUCGGAAACUCAUCCGAGAUGGGCCUGUUUCACUAAAGAACUCAGCUGGCCGGUUAAAAGAAGUCCAGGCUGUUCUCCUCUCUGACAUGCUAGUGUUCCUCCAGGAGAAGGACCAGAAGUAUGUCUUUGCCUCACUGGACCAGAGAUCCACUGUGAUCUCUCUGAAGAAGCUGAUUGUACGAGAAGUGGCUCAUGAAGAGAAGGGUUUGUUCCUGAUCAGCAUGGUUGGGAAGGAUCCUGAGAUGGUGGAAGUCCAUGCCAGCUCCAAGGAAGAGCGCAACGGCUGGAUACAGAUCAUUCAGGACACAAUGCACACCAUGGAUAGAGAUGAAGAUGAAGGAGUCCCUUGUGAGUCUGAGGUUGAGAAGAAAUUGUCCGAUGCGAAAGUGAGAGGACUGAAAGAACAGCUUCAGCAGAAGGAUAAACAGAUCCUGCUCUUGCUGGAGGAGAAGACGAAGAUCUUCCAGGACAUGGCAGACUGUUCUGUGCAGGAGGAGACACAAGGCUCCAGGCAGCUCUUCAGAGCCAGCACAGAAGAGGCUCCAAAAGGAGAGGAAAUAAUGAAAUCAGCAAUAAAUGAAGUUGAAGUGCUGCAACACCUGGUGAGCAGGAGUCUGGGCACUGCCCUUGGACAGCAGGUCAGCAGCACUGCCAUGGACCAGGAGGGAGGAGUUGGCCCCAUCUCACUCCCUAGAAGGGCAGAAACUUUUGGAGGAUUUGACAGUCAUCAGAUGAACGCCUCUAAGGGUGGAGCGAAAGAUGAAGGCGAUGAUGCUCAGGACCUCCGGAGAACAGAGUCAGACAGCAUUUUAAAGAAGGGUGGAAAUGCUAAUUUGAUGUUCAUGCUGAAAAGGGAUAACGAGCAGGUCCUCCAAACCAUCACCAGCCUCCAUAAGCUGCUCACUGCUUUGCAGGGCGUGGUGCUGCAGCAGGACACCUACAUCGAGGACCAGAAGCUGGCUCUGAGCGAGAGGGCUCCGAGCCGAGGCUCCUCCCGGCCCACCUCGCUGCUGGAGCAGGAGAAGCAGCGCAGCCUGGAGAAGCAGCGCCAGGAGCUGGCCAACCUCAAGAAGCAGCAGACGCAGCACCAGGAGGAGAGGAGGAGGAGGGAGAAGGAGUGGGAAGUGCGUGAGAAGGAGCUGGCGGAGCGCGAGGCCGAGCUGGCGCAGCGCGAGGAGCAGCUGCAGAGGCAGAGGCAGGAGCUGGAGCGCGAGCGGGAGGAGCUGCAGGUGAAGAAGGCGGCCUACCAGCUCGACCUGGAGAGGCUGCGCGCCGCCCAGAAGCAGCUGGAGAGGGAGAAGGUGCAGCUGAAGCAGGACGUGGAGAGAUUCGCUCAGAUGCGGCAGGAGCCUGACCACAACCAGGUUUCAAAUCUACAUGAGAAACUUGCCAGAGUCUCCUCCCAGUCCAGCAUUGACGAGUCCUCCAUGCAGAAGAACCCUUCCCUUCCUAAACAAGGGCACUUUGAUGCAGAACUGUCUGUCUCCCCCAAAAGGAACAGUCUUUCAAGGACACACAAAGAGAAAAGCACUUUCCAUUUGCUUAGCACAACAAACCAGACUAACAAGGCAGCUGAGGAGCAGACCCAGAUGCCUACUCGCCUCUUCAGUUUAGCCAAACCAAAGGAGAAGAAGGAAAAGAAGAAGAAGGGCAGGGGACAUCGCUCCCAGCAGUCUGAUUCUCACUCAUCAGAAGCACCUGCAGAGGGUGAGGAGAUCUUCUGCUGAGCAUGGACUGUUCCAGUGGUGGCACUGGCACCGUGGACAUCUCCCUGCCUGUGACACAGCCUGCGGCUGGUGCCUGCGCUGGACGAGCAUCUGGAGGUUUUAAACAAAAAAAAAAGUUCUGAAGUCUGCUAAGUGGUGGAUAAGGGCCUCUCUCCUGUGGUUCUAGGUGAAUUCUCCCUGCAGAGGCUGUGCAUCUCCCUGUGCAAACCUGGGGUCAAACGGAUUGGGAUAGAUGUCUGUCUCUACUUACUGCUAAAGAACGUAGCCUUAAGGGGUCUGUGCCUUCAAAUUCCCCUUUUCUGGGGAAAAGAACCAAAACCAAUCAUUUAGCAAAAGAUUAGGACUCUACAAAUGGUGCAUACACACUGGCAUAUAUAGAUAUCCUGUAUAUGUACAUCUGUGUAUCUAUGUAUCCACUGGGAUAUGCUUACAGUCCCUACAGCCAAGGUCCACCCGUGGGGAUGGAUGAUACCUGAGGACUUUCAGGGAGUGUGUAGAUAUUAAAUAUCUUGCCCUUACUGCUCUUGCUGUAACACAGUGACCUGCACACCCCUUUUGUGCUGAUGGGACAGGGGAUGUUUGCUUUCAGAAGGGUGCAUUACACCAGGAAGCAGUAACAGCAUUCAGAAGCAACAACUCAGAGGAUAAAAAUUAAAAUUUAAAAUCAUUCUGAAUGACUUCUGUGGGACAGAGGAAUCAAAUGUCAAACUGUUUCUAGAGUCGAGCAGAACAUUAUUGGGUAGAUUUAAAAUGGCACAGAAAAGAGAAUUUUGGUAGGCUGGUAAGGCAAUCCCAGGGAGCCAGAACAGGCUGUUCAAAUGGAAACAACAGUAAGCAACAUUUUUUUUACACAAUCUCUUUGAGCUCCAGCUCACUUCCUCCCAUCCCCAAAGUAAAAAUUAUGUUUUUGCCAGAAUAGAGCUCUCCAGUUGCAUUUGACAUCCCCAUAGAAGGCUAAUGACUGAGGGGGGGAGUGGCUAAAAAUCUGCUUUUAUGGAUCUUUGUUCAGUUCUUCGUGUUUUUCUUAGCCUGCUUUUUGUGCUGCUGUUGGGCUUCUGUUUGUCUGGAUUUUCCCACUUGCCCUGCUGGUUUCUGAGGCAGAGUGAGAGCAGCAGUGUCUGGGCAGGUCAGGGAGACAGGGCAGGCUCCAGGGAGGUGGCUCCUGUCCCCGUGGCUGUGCAAUACCGGGCACUUGGGAACCAUUUCUGGGGAGAAGAAGGUUCUGAUGGACAAACCCCCUGUGGGACAGGUCUGGAGGCCAGCGUGGUGUGUCCCCAUGGCCUCUGGGGUGGUGUCUGUGCAGAACAGGAAGGUCCAAGGGCAGCUCUUGCUGUGCCAGCUGUGAGGUGUCUGCAGAGUUGUGGAAUAUAGGCAUGUGUUCAGUGGGGGAGGAGAAAUGCAACAAGAUAUUCUUUUCUCAAAAAUUACCUUUCUUCCAAACCCUGUCAGGAGAAUUACCCAAGUGGAUUUGUAAAUGGUUACCAGCUUCAGAAUAGGUCAAGGAUUUGCUCAAGAGUUUGAAGCUGUCAUGUACAUUUCCUUUCCUACUAGUUUGUUUUGUUUUCUUUGAAAUGACAAAUAAUUUCUCUUCUUGUACUAUUGUUUGAUUUCAGUUUACUCUCAGGCUUGUCAUGAGCUGGUGACCCACAGCAAUUUUCAGAGUUAGUGCUGAUGAGUAUCAGCAGCAUUGAUGGUGAGGUGGAUGCUUGGGCUGGGCUGUCUUGGUGCAGGAACCCUGCUUGUUUGGAAGCUCUCUACACUAU